UAUAUGGUCAUAUGACCACAAGCAACACUGUUUACCUUUAUCCCAACGUCACGCCAAAAAUAAAAUAACUGCGUGCUGACAACAAAAUGACAAAGCUUCAGAUCAUUAACACAUUUCUGACGGAGCGCUUAAUGGCGGCGCUGAAUGAAAUCAUGGACAUGGUGGGCGAGACAGUCCUGCAGUAUGAGACAGAGCUGGACACCUUACAAAAAAACAACGAGUACCUGAGACGAAGACUGAAGGAGACUGAGAAACUCUUCGAGUCCAACGACCCUCCUGAAUCUUUUACAGGUCUGGGAAUCUCAAACUCUGAACCAGCAUCUUCACCCCAGCAGCUUGAAUGGAAGCCUAGCUUUGAGACAGAAACAAUGCCUACAGAGAUCUAUGAGAACCAGGUACCCGAUGAGCAGCUCACCAGCACAAAAGUGGAAGGGUUCUCCAGUCAUUCUCCUCUGGUGACUGAACCUGAUAUCAAUAUAUCCUGUUCGCCCUUAAGAAGCACACUCACUACAACAGAUAAAAACUUUAAAACAUCAACAUUCAUAGAAUUUUCUUGUGAUGUUAAAACAGAGCCUGUGGAGAAUCUUGAUCCACAGUCCAUUAGUACUAAGAUAUUGAUCCACAGCCCAUUACCUCAUUGCACUGCUCAGGUGUCAGCUAACGCUGAUGAUAGUCACAGGUCUGAUCCUAAUGUGUUCAGCAUACUAAAUUCCAGAACUGAUCUAGAAUCAGCUAACCGUAUGUCCGGUUGCUCCAAGUUAAAGCCUAGAACCUUGCAGGUGUCCGUGAAGAAGACAGGCACCAGUUUGAAAAAGACACGUCCUGACAUAGCUCACAUUAACUAUAACACCUCUCAUCAAAACACUGACUCUGGAUCAGCUAAGAAUGGGACACGUGAUACAGUGAGCACCAAUGGUCAUCUUACUGAUGUGGUCAAUCCUACAUAUCACGUCACGCCAUUCGGUAGAGGAUCAAGGCAGGGAAGGGGUCGAGGCAGAGGUACGGGGAAGCACGCGUGCUCCCAAUGUGGAAAACUGUUCCCACAUCAUUCACGGCUGAAGGUGCACAUGCGCAUUCAUACGGGGGAGAAGCCGUAUGCCUGUGCCCAGUGUGGAAAACGUUUCAACAAUGAUGGAACUUUGAGGAACCACAGGCGGGUGCAUCUACAGUUGCGUCUUUAUGGCUGUCCGGUGUGCUCACGCAGCUUUAAGGAUGCGUACACGUGCCGAAAUCACAUGCGUCUACAUGAUAACUCCACGCUGUUUCUACCUCCGCAGGCAAAAUAAAGAGGAUUUAAGCUAAAAACCUUGGAAAGGUUUCUGCACUGAUCACAACUUUUUUAUGAGCGCUUCGGAUAAGCCUUGUAGUGUUAAGUUAUAAUACAGUGGUUUAUCAGCACUGAUCACUGAUUUGCAUAAACAAUGGAGACUUUCAAAAUGUACUAUGUUGCCAUGAACAGGACUGAGAGAUGUGUUAAAUAUAGAAAUUCACAUGAUGAUCUUCAGUUGAAAAGCCUCUUUUUUUGGUAUUUGAUGGUAUUCUUAAAAUCAUUUAAAAGGCACCUAUUUCAACAAGGUUAUUUUGUGUAUUUGGUAUAAUACAAUGUGUUCGCGUGGUUUGUGCUUAAAAAAACAUUAUUUUCCACGUACCUUACUUUUUUGUAGAUCCAGAUAUCCUGCCUUCCUAAAACGCAUUAAUUUUGUACAAAAUUCAUUGAUUUGAAUGCUAAUCUAUACGUUGUGAUUGGCCUAAAUACCUCUUGACGUCAGCCAGAAAUGUGACGCUCGUUACCAUGUUUGAAAGGUUCAGUCACAAUGCAGUGCUGACAGGAUUUAACUUACACACUGUGAGUCCAAGCGGGAGGAAUUAUGAUAAUAUCGGGCUUGUCCACGUCAACCGGCCCAGGAAGUAAACUGUUACCUAUAAUCUGUGUGUUUGUUGUAGUCCAAGAAAAGAGAUUUACGUUGGAAACGAUAACUUGCGUCAUCGUUUACCUUGAGGGUUUGUACCUUUUGCAUAUCGUUAACAUGUAUUAAAGGUCCCGUCUUUUCUGUG